AUGAGGAGAUUCACUUUGGUAAUAAUGUUCACAGUGAUUGUUACAAUGACGUGCACAUAUUCGGUGAAGAGGGCGUGCCCCAGGCAAAGUCUCCACAUUUGGGGGAAGAACAAAAAGGAGAAGAGAAAGAAGAAAUGCUAUUUUGUGAGAUAUUCCCAAGCACAGGACCAUGUAAGAAGUAGGAUACUAAGGAGGAACGAAAAUGUGCAUGUGAGGAUCUACGGAAAAGACCACAGAAACCCACACCUGGCAUACGAAUAUGUAAAUAAAAUAAUUGAGAACAAAAAAUACGAAGUGAGCAAACUUUUGGAAGAAAAUUUUGAGGAAGACAACCCUCUACAAAUAAGACUGAAAUAUUUGCAACACACGAUGAAUAAUAAAUUGUCGGAGAGUCUGAAGAGGACAAGUCCAGAUGAGAAGCACAGGUUGUCCAUGGUGGCUGAUAUGAAGAGAAAAAUAUUUUGCAGUGUCGCUAGAAAGGACGAAGCAGGUCACCCCACAGUAGAUGAAGAGAUAAGCGAAGAAGGAAUUUACCAAACGGAGGAAAGCAUUGAAAAAAAUACCGAAAAGAAGAGACGCAUUUGGAAGGACGAAAAUUACAUGUAUCAAAAUAAUUUUCUGAACUUAGCAAACCCAGGCAAUGUAAGUCUGAUGCUGCACGAAAUAGGGUUCGACGUGUUAAUAGUAAACAUUGAUAAUUUAUCCACUCAGGGGAAUUUAAACGAUUUAUAUGAUGUGGUUAAGAGCUCGAGAAAGUUUCCCCGAAAUGUGCGUCCCGCAGUAGUGGUGGACGAUGUGAUUAUUCACCCCAUCCAAAUUGCCCUUGCGGUGGAGAACAAGGCAGAUGGGGUUAUUUUAAAUUUGCCUUAUUUAAAAAAUGACCUAGAAGAUAUGUUAAACUAUUGUGUUAACUUAGGCACCCAAGCAAUUGUAGAGGUGCACGAUUACAAUGAUAUUUACUUUGCCACUCAAUGCGGCAGCUACAUAUUAAUGAUAAACGAAUUUAAUUUUCUGAAUAAUCAAUAUGAGUAUAAUCAUGCGAUAAAAGCCAUCAGCUACGCCAUCCCUGAGUUAAUUACCAUUGCGAAAAUUAAUGUGGAUGAUUUUAAUUAUGCACACAAGUUAGGCAGUCUAGGUUAUGACAGCAUAUGUUUAGAAAAAAAACUUGUAGAUAGCGAUUUGCCUAAUUUUGUGCAAGCUUGUAAGAGUUGGAAUGCCCCUCAUAAAACACUGCUCUAUAUGAAUAGGAAUAAUUAUUUGAAAAAUUUUCUAACUUAUACGAAUAACCCAUCGGAGGAGACACAUAAAGACAUUACGGAUAAUUUGAAGAAAAUUUACGACGAUAAGAAUUUGAAGAAUACGACUUCCCACGAGCUUUUAAAAAAUUACGAAAAGGAUUUUAUCGAUUCGGUAGAGGAGGGAGCACCUGGGCAGUCCAACUCUCCACAAUGCACACAAGAGGGGAGGACAGACCCACUUCGAAAGGAAGAUACACCAAAUGGUAAUAGACCCCUAGUGGAAGGAGAGAAACCAAAGGAUAACCUCCUAACGAGUGACGAAAAGAAAAUCGUGCAAAAUUUUAAGAGAGAAAAAAAAAGAGAGCUAUACCUUCUGAACCAAAUGAAAGACAUCAUAAGGCAAGUGGAUGAUCAGUGCAAAAAUUAUGAUUCCUUUUCUGAAGAAGAAAAUAAAAAGAAAGAAGAAAAAUUGGAAACCCUUUUGGAAAAUUUUACCAAAAUGGAUAAAAAUUUUUUAAGAGGAUUUUUUUCAGAUGAAGAAAUUAAGAACAUAGAGAAUAGCAUUAGGAAGUCCGUGCAGCAAAAGGAGAAAAUCGAAAAGGGGGAAAUAAACAUUGACGAGAAUAAUGUGGCUAGGGACAUUUAUGGCAUUCCUACUAGCCAGGGGGAAGACUUUGACAUUUCGAAAAUGACCAAGGAGUUUUUUGACAACGAUUCCGGUGGGGGAAAAAAGUUGGAUGAGGGUUCACAGAAAUUAGGAGGUGGUUCCACGGGCGAUUCCUCAGAUGGGGAAUCUUCCAGGGGUGUGGACUCGCAGUAG